AUGGCUGCUAACGUAGACGCUGCAGGUGAUAAUGUGAUUCUAGGAGCAGAGGACAAGGGAGAGAAGAAGAAGAAGAAGAAGAAGAAGAAGAAGAAGAAGAAGAAGAAGAAGAAGAAGAAGAAGAAGAAGAAGAAGAAGAAGAAGAAGAAGAAGAAGAAGAAGAAGAAGAAGAAGAAGAAGAAGAAGAAGAAGAAGAAGAAGAAGAAGAAGAAGAAGAAGAAGAAGAAGAAGAAGAAGAAGAAGAAGAAGAAGAAGAAGAAGAAGAAGAAGAAGAAGAAGAAGAAGAAGAAGAAGAAGAAGAAGAAGAAGAAGAAGAAGAAGAAGAAGAAGAAGAAGAAGAAGAAGAAGAAGAAGAAGAAGAAGAAGAAGAAGAAGAAGAAGAAGAAGAAGAAGAAGAAGAAGAAGAAGUAG